AUGUCAUCAAUGUCAAUGAUAGGUGGAGCAAUUCUAAUAGUUUUGGUGGCCGGAUACAUUGCGCGGCAAUAUGGGCUUCCUCCACCUCCACCGAAAAUAGCUGGUAUAGAUUUGGGCACAACAUUUUCGUCAAUAGGUAUCUACCAUGCUGUCACUGGUGCAACAACUGUCAUACCUGAUGAAUUUGGGAAAAAAUCCGUUCCUAGUGUUGUUGCUUUUUCACCUAACGGAACUGUAAUAGUAGGAUCUCGUGCUGUUGAGCAACAGGAGAAGAAUCCUCAAAGAACAAUUUACGACGCAAAACGUUUCAUAGGCCGAACCUUUGAGAAAGAUAACGAAAAUUUUUUGGCUGAUCAGAAACGAUAUCCUUUUGUCAUAAAACUCGACGACACUGGGCACGCAUUCUUCGAAAUUCCUUUGGAUUCUGGAACUAAAACGCUGUAUCCUCAAGAAGUUGGAGGAAUAAUAAUUAGUUAUUUGCGAAGAGCAGCAGAAAAACAUUUGAAUACUCCACUCAGCCAGGUCGUAGUGUCCGUUCCGGCUGAAUUUGGCGAAACUCAACGCAAUGUGACAGGAAAGGCAGCUGAAUUAGCAGGAAUGGAAGUGCGUCGUGUAAUAUCUGAACCUACUGCUGCUGCAUUAGCUUAUGGGCUUCAUAAGAAGAAAGGUGUGGAAAGUGUAGUUGUCGUCGAUCUCGGUGGAGGUACUCUCGAUGUAUCAGUCUUGUGGCUGCAGAGUGGCGUAUUCAUCACUCAAGCAAUGGCAGGGAAUAAUCGUUUAGGAGGGCAGGAUUUCAAUGAUCGUGUUCAGAAGCACAUUCUAACGGUGCUCCAGAAGAGGUUUGGAUCUACCAUAACUGAUAAAGAAGAUCUACAGCAGAUUCGACUAGAAAUCGAACAAGCGAAAAUUCGGUUGACCACUCAUCCUAAGGCUGUUAUGAACUUUGUUCUUAAAGAUAUCGGAAAAUGGAGUUAUGAGUUAUUCCGCGAUGAGUUUGAACGUUUGAACGAAGAUCUGUUUAAAUCGAUUGAGAGACCUAUCGAGGCUGCCUUGGCUGAUGCAAAUCUUGAACCUGCUGCAGUUGAUGAAAUUGUUCUUGUUGGUGGCUCUACCCGCAUACCGAAAGUGCGGCAAAUCGUUGGGCAUUUUUUUGGCAAGGUCCCGAACUUCGGAGUGGAUCCUGAAUUGGCUGUCGUCACUGGUGCUGCGGUGCAAGCUGGAGUGAUCGGUGGAGGGUGGCCUUUGCAGGUGGCUGCAAUGGAACUUCCAACCAAAAGACGAAAGCGGCAUUUCUAUACUGAGGAACAGAAAGUUAAUGAGAAAGAGAGGAGUGUAUAG